AGAACCACUUCCGGGUCAAGCGCUACCGGUUUCCUGUUCCCAGUUCUUGCUUCGUUCCAGUCACUCUCCUCCUCUGCCACGCUUGCAGGACCCCGCCUGUCAUCUCACAUCCGGGACACUGUAGCGGGCUAGUUUUUGAUGCUCUGAGGAGUGUCCAGUAGAAGAAAAAUGAGGAUGCUGCAGCAUACGAUCUAUGAGGCCAGGUGCUGGUCUUUUCUCUGUUUUCUUCUGCUGUGCUUGGGAUGCUCUGAGGCCUCAGAACUCACGUUUGAGUUGCCUGAUAACGCAAAGCAGUGUUUCUAUGAGGAUAUCACUCAGGGAACCAAGUGUACACUGGAAUUCCAGGUGAUCACUGGUGGACAUUAUGAUGUUGACUGUCGGCUAGAAGAUCCAGAUGGCAUUGUGUUGUACAAAGAGAUGAAAAAACAGUAUGACAGCUUUACUUUCACAGCAUCCCGUGAUGGAACCUACAAAUUCUGUUUCAGUAAUGAGUUUUCCACAUUCACACACAAGACAGUCUACUUUGACUUCCAGGUUGGAGAUGAUCCUCCAUUGUUUCCCAAUGAGAAUCGUGCUACUGCUCUUACUCAGAUGGAGUCCGCUUGUGUUUCUAUCCAUGAAGCUUUGAAGUCCAUAAUCGAUUACCAGACGCACUUCCGCCUGAGAGAGGCGCAGGGCCGCAGCCGAGCUGAAGAUCUGAACACCAGAGUAGCAUACUGGUCCAUAGGGGAGGCCAUUAUCUUGUUGGUUGUAAGCAUUGGACAGGUUUUCCUCCUUAAAAGCUUCUUUUCUGAUAAAAGAACCACUACUACUCGUGUUGGAUCAUAACCAAUAUUUUUCUGGGAUGCAUCUUGUUAUACACUGUUUGCCCAACUGCAUUUUUUUUCCUGGCUACCUUUAGAUAAAGGACUGUAUAUAUUGGUAAAGCAAAAUUUUACCUUUUUUAAAGGCCAUCCCGUAAAAUGACAUUAUAAUAAAAAUGGAAGAAAAAAAAAGGGGGGAUACGUUUUUAUUUUAAAUGUUUUCAGAAAAGUUUUUUUGGGGGGGUCCAGAGGUUGGGUAGCAGGGGUAUUUCUUGUUAGACAUUUAACUUUGAUGUUAAUAUAUUUUCCUUCUCUGA